GUAAGUUUGAACGAAUCCUGGCAUUGAGCCGGCUCAAAUUUUUUUCAAUUUAUUUUUUAAUAAUUUUCUAAGCUGCCGCAAUGGAAAACGCGACGGUUCCACUUUUAACUCCUGACCAGUUUCUGGAUUACUUACCAGAAAAUCCAGUCAAAGAGUCGUUUGCAAGGGCAUGGAUUUAUAUGACCAACAAUUACACAAAAUUUCAGAUAGCAACAUGGGGAUCCUUAAUUGUUCACGAGGUAAUACUAAUAUUAGUUAUUAGUUUAGUAAUAUUUUUCUUUGGCUUACGGCAUAGGCUAUGGCCAUGGCUAUACUAACUAUAACUUGUCUAUUACUAUGUUAUGUAACACAUUGAAGUAUUUAACACUUAUGUCCGUAUAAUUACCCCAUUUACCCUUUAGUUUUAGUCUUUUGUGUAAUCUUAGAAUAUUUUAAACACAAUUUAGGCAUUUCUGACUAUAGUGUGAUUGUGUACUGCUGGGUAAUCCCUUUUAACGCGAUUUAUUAUAAUUACUUGUAUUGACAUUUAUUUUUACCUCAUGGAACUUCAUUAAAAGUAUUUUUUAGGUAAAUUUGGAGAGAUAGCACCGUGGCCGCCAACUUGGUUGCCUCGAUACGCGAACUUAUGUCCUAACUAAAGUAAAUGUAUCCCUAAACCUAACCUGGACCCUAGCCCUAGCCCUAAAUUAAAUCUAUCCCUAAGCCUAACCUGAACCCUGAACUUUUCCCUAACCUGAACCCUGAACUUUUCCCUAACCUGAACCCUGAACUUAUCCCUAACCUGGGUUUUGACCCUAUCAGCAAUCGGAACCAGAGCUUUGACCCUAUCGGAACCAGAGACAAAACACGCAAAUGACGUCAGGGUGCUCUUCCGUCUUCAAAGAUACAUUAUUAAAGUUGCCCCACUGGAUUUAUCUAGAUUAAAAUUAAAGUUGUAUUUAUUUUAUUACUUUAUUUUAUGAUGUCUAAGUGUCCGAUAUUUCUUUCUAAACCAGUGGUGGGUUUAGACAAUUUUAAAUAUAAGUAUCUCAUGCUCUAGGCUAGGCAUCUUGGAUAUCUGUAGGGCAUCUGUUUUGUUUAAUACUAAUACUUUUUUUAAUACAUCUGCUGUCAUAGCAACAAAGAUGGCGGCAUUGUAAAAAAAAAAAAAGGAAGUGCCUAACAACAAAGGGAAAAGAGGGAAAAUGGAUAGCUUAAAUUUACCAAUAAUAGGAAAGCUGAUUCACAAAGUUUUCUUUGUUUGGGUUUUAUUUGAACUUUAUUAAACUCUAGGCUAGGCAUCUUGGAUAUCUGUAGGGCAUCUGUUUUGUUUAAUACUAAUACUUUUUUUAAAACAUCAGCUGUCAAAGCAACAAAGAUGGCGGCAUUGAAAAAAAAAAAAAAAGGUAGUGCCUAACAACAAAGGGAAAAGAGGGAACAUGGAUAGCUUAAAUUUACCAAUAAUAGGAAAGCUGAUUCACAAAGUUUUCAUUGAUUGGGUUUUAUUUGAAAUUUAUUAAGCUAUGACACUGAUAAUCUCAGACUAAAAUUCUUUUCUUUCAGCUCAUAUACUUUGCAGCGUGUAUGCCAGGCAUUAUUUUCCAGUUUAUCCCUUUCAUGAGACGAUUCAAAAUACAAUCAGUGAGUAUAAAUAAUUAUGUAGAUUGUAUUUUAUUUUUUUAAAGUUAUUAUUACAAAGUUUACAUUGGACAUUUCUGAACCAAGUCUGAAUUUUGCGGUCACUGGCCACCAAUAAGUCUGUCAUUGUUUAGAAAUUUGUUAGCGGCUUCCAGAACUUAGUUCAUCCUGGUGUGUCUUGUGGUCAGAAUUUUUUUUAGAGGGGGCUGAGGUUUUUUAAACAUGGAUCCGUAGUUAACUCUUCUAUCGUUUCACCUAGGCUUAGAGGAUCUUCUUUUACCGUACUAAUGUAAGCUGAUUUUUUUACUUUAGGAUAUUUCUACAAUUUGUUGUGAGCCAGAACAAAGACAAAGAUGCUUCUGUUUAUCCAUAUUCUGAAAAUGAAUGUGUAAAUUGUAAUCAAAGCACACUUCCAUUAUUUGGAUCAAUAACAGAAGCUAAUCUUAUCUUUUGAGAUUUAACAAAAAUAGUCCAAUUCUGGAAAUGUGGGUUUUAUGUUUCAUUUUUUUUUUGCAAUUCUAUCAGAAUCGCCCAGAAACAUUUGAAGGACAAUGGAAAUGCUUUAAACUUUUGAUGUUCAGCCACUUCUGUAUACAGGUAGGUUACAUAUUAAAGUUAUGCAACAUACAAUGCCAUUUAAUAAUUUGUUGAAAAAGGUUCAUUUACAGUAAUUGAAGCUAUGCCAUUAAGAACUACAUUCCUUGGCCGAGGUAGAGGGGGGGCGCUCUCACCCAUUGUAAUUUGUACUUUAAAUGUUGUUGCUGAGACAAAUAAAACUUAGUUACCGGUAUAUGAGUAUUAUCCUUAUUUUUGAAAUACAAAUAAACACCUCCCUCGAAACUUAUGCAGUCAAGCUAACUUUACCAUGGAUAACAUUGCACCACAAUUUACUGCUAAAUGAGAGUGCAGACAAACAAAUAAAACUGGGAGCAUCCAAAAAGCAGUCAAAAAUUCAUUAAUUGCUUAAUACUGCUAAGCAGAUUAUCAGAGCUAACAAAAAAAGAAGAGUGAUUGUUUAAAUGGAUGAGCUAUAGGCUCAUCAGGAACAGGUAGAUGUGUGUUCACACAUGCCCAGACCCCAAAUAUCCUAUUAAUUGGCUCCAAAGACAGAACAGAUCAUAUUCUUUUGCCUGCACACAGGACACAAACAACUUAAUUCUUACCUUAACCCUUUACAGUCCAAACCUAUUCAGCCUUGUCUACUCCCAGCGCCCAAGCAAAGGGACAUAACUCCAUUUUAAAUGAAGGUUCUUUAUCUAAUUAAUUUACAGAAAAUAAAUUAGAAGCAACAAAAUAAAAUAAAAAAUACCUAAAUACAAAGAAAUUAUUAAAGCAAAAGUUAAACCUAAAAAUAGUUUCAGAGACCCUCCCACUCAUGAAAUAGUGAAGCUUCAUUAGGCUUAAGUUCUUUCAAAAGUGUAUCCAAGGCUUAGAUAGCCAUUUUAUACAGUGAAAAAAUCGCGACUUUUAAAACAAAUCAUAGAAAAUCAGCCCCUAAACACACCGCGGUCAAACUAGUAUAAAAAUAAAUGCCGACAACGAGGCUUUCUUCCGGUAGAACUAUAAAUAGUAAUGCGCAAUGGAUUUCCGCUGUGCUAAGAACGAAAGCAAACAACCUCAAAACGGGCGGGUUUGGCCACAUGGGGCUGUACGCUUAAGGGAAAAAUUGGCGCAUUUCGGGCGCAUCGGACUGUAAAGGGUUAAACACAUAAAACCAGAUAUAUAACCCCCCCCCCCUUCCCCCCCAAAUUCAGACACCCAAAUGAGACAGUAACACAUCACCUCAGCCACUGUCCAGCUAUUCAGGACUAACACCUUAAAUAUCUAUCCAAAUACCAGACCUAACUAACACCCAGAAAUAAACAAAGAACAGCUGUGUAGAAUUGACAAAUUCUUCAACAUUGCAUCUGGUUGAGGAUUUUUGAAACCAUGAAAGAAUUCACAUACUUUUUCCAGUAGUUUUUUAAAGUUAUUUUUUAGGUAAAAACAUUUUUUUAUGUUACUGUAAUCCAAUGUUAAAACAAUUAAAUUUGCAUCCAGGGAAAUAACGUAAGCUGUGACCUAUUGAGAAAAACUUCAUGACAUUUUUUUUCGUCCAUUCGUUAUUCCAGUGUUAUCUGUGGUGUGACUUACUAAAUGUGAUUUAAUAGAUCUUUACUUGCUUGUCCUUUAUCUUUAGCUUCCAUUGAUGGCAGGCACAUAUGUUUUCACGGAAUUUUUCAAUAUACCAUACGGAUGGGAAGAAAUGCCACCAUGGUUUGUGUUAUAAAAUUUAAUUUAGGCAGUUUUUUUGCUAAUAUCUGAUAUUAUUUAGGAAAAAAAUACUUUGAAUAUAAUACUAUAUUGACAAAAUUGUUAUUAUAUCCGUCAUAUAAUAUUAUGAUUAUAAAAUACGUUUUUUAAAACACAUGAAUCCAGCCCUAAGGUUAAAUUUUCUUGAGUACUGAUUAAUUCCUUUUAGUUCAUUUAUACGCUUUUAUCGUCAAGCAUUUUACAUAUCUGCUAACCAGUAUACAUGUAUUUCACAACAUUCUCAGGGACACAGACAUUCUUACAUUCUUAAUGACCCAUGUCAUUAACUGAAAUUUUCCAAAUAUAUCAAUUAAUUAAUCUUUAUUAAUUAAUUAAUUUAUGUGUAUCAUAAAUUCUCCAGGUACAAUAUUGCACUAAGAGUUUUUGGAUGUGCAGUUAUUGAAGAUACCUGGCACUAUUUUCUUCACUCGGCCCUUCAUGACAAGAGGAUCUAUAAGCACAUUCACAAAGUUCAUCAUCACUUUCAGGUGUGUGAAUAUUAUUUCCUCCUGGACAGAUUUAAUGAAUAGCGAUAACUGUCAUGUUUCACUAAUAUGGCAAACAUACGUUAAAUUUUUUUUGUAUACGAACUGGACAAAGGGUCAGAGCAAAAAAAAAAUUUUUUUAAAUGUGUUAAUUUUUUUUCUGUUGUCAAUAUAAACUAAUUUUUUCAUGUUAUUUUUACCAUCCUUUGUAGUCUCCGUUUGGAAUGACAGCAGAAUAUGCACAUCCAGCUGAGACGCUAAGUAAGUAAAGCGUUCAAAUCAGUCCUUAAUCUCUUUUAUCAUUAAAUCAUAUUCUAUGUGAGUCUUGAUAAAGGAUACAUAUUUUAAAGUCGUUGCUUCAUUGAAAUAAAAAAAUACAUAAUUUUUUUUGUUCUUUUUAUUAUUUUUGUGGUGAAAGAUUGGUACCAUUCAAGGUGUUAAAAUGUGGUUAAUUAAGUUUGUUUCAGAUUUUUUAAUGUAAAGUACUUCUUUUAAAAAGCUUGUCAACAGAAAUUUUAUAAUUUAUUGCUGAGCUUUCCGAACAUUUUAUAUUGUUGUGACAAACAAAUUCAGUUUUUCUAGUUAAAUCAUAAUUUAAAUCAUUGAUUAUUAAAUCCUCAAAAAUUCAUUAUUGAAUUAGUGAAUGAAAGGAUCAUAAGAUGUUGUGUCAACCAUAUAUAAUUAUCUCAUUAAUACCUUUUUAUAAUUCAUUUUUUUUUUCAUUGCUAUUUUCAACAUUGUUGAUUCUUAUGUUUUCAGUUCUUGGCAUGGGAUUCUUCUGGGGUAUCCUGCUCCUUGCCAACCAUGUAGUUCUCAUGUGGGCUUGGGUGAUGAUUAGACUUUUUGAGACUAUAGAUGUGCACAGCGGUUAUGAAAUCCCAUAUCUUAAUGUAUUCCAUUUGGUGCCCUUCUAUGGAGGUGAGUUGUGGUACAUAAAGGAAAUAGUCAAUUUAUAUGAAAUUCCCUUUUCACUUGAUCCUUAAAUUAAGUUAAACACAGCCAUUAUGAGAACAUUCUAAAAUUCAUAGUUUUAAGGUUUUUAAAAAAUAAUUUUAUAUCAUUGAUUUUAUUUUUGGUAAAUAGAUCAGUAGGUAAAGGUUAAGUAGCUGUUUCCUUUUAACCAUUAUCAGUUUGCAUAAUAUCCCAGACUUAUGCUAGUUUGUAAUAUGAGUCUAUAUUUGGGUUUGUAAUAUUAAUAUGUGUUUGUAAUAUGAAUCUAUGUUUAUGUUUGAUAUAUGAAUCUAAAUUUGUUUCCAGGAGCCAGAUAUCAUGACUUCCAUCAUUACAAUUUUACUGGAAACUACUCUUCUACAUUUACAUGGUGGGACAAAAUUUUUGGCACAGAUCGUCAGUUUAAAGAAUAUUAUGCAAAACUUGAGGGGAAGAAAGAAAAGAAACAAUAACGUAAAGGCCAUAGCUUGGGCACAAAAUUUCCUUCAAUUUCAAUAUUUUUAGCUUUGCACAGCUCAGGAUAAAUUUUCUGUAAGAACUAAGUGUCUCAAAAAUCCUGAAUAGCCCCAUUGCUUUUAAAUGCUUAGCAAAAAUUGAAGCAACAUCCCAUGGUGGAAAGAAAAUUUUAAAUAGAUGGUUACAAAUAAUUUAAAAAAAACAGAGAAUUUAAACAAAUUAAUUUAUGUUAUUAAAUUGACCUUGAUUUGAGAACCGCUGACUAGCAAACCUCAUGUUUUAUUAUUUACUUUAGGGUUAAAUGCUGAAUGUUUUUGAUUAAAAAUUUGUCUAACACAUUGAAAAAAGAACAAAUGGCUACUUAAAAACUCUAAAAUGAAGCUUUGCCUAUCGCUGUAAACUGAUCAAAAGAUGACAACAUGGUGCAGCGAAGACAUUUGGAUAUUUGAACCAGAUCAGCUGGGGAUUUUAAUUGUUUUAAAAAACUAAACCGCUAAUACUUGGUUAACAAUAAUCAAAUUCCAUUAGUUGCUGAAGGCUAAGAAUGAUUCCAAACUUUUUUGGGAAUCCCUUAAGUAAGUGAUGAAGUACUUGAAAUAAAACUAGAAAAUUAUAGAAUGAGAGUGAGCUCUAUAGCGAAAGUACUUAAGUUAGGGGUACCACUUAUUAGCUGGUCUAGUCUGGUUUGAGUCAAAACGUAAAUAUUAUUUUAAACAUUUUAACAUAUAUAUUUAUGAUAUGUAAUUUAUUAUGUUAAUAAUUUAAGACUACAAGAUAGGACCACUUUAUUAAAAAGCUUUUUUAAUUGAUUUGAAAACCACAGAUGAUUGGCUAUGGUUGUUUAAUUUAAUCUUACAGUGAAGAGUAUAUCUGAAUGCUUCCAGUCAAAAGAAUAUUUAGGAGUAGGGUAUUAUUUUGUAUUAAAUGUAUACAAUACUGUGUAUAUAUAUCUAUGUUUUUUUAUAUUAUGUAUGUGUACAUAUAUUUAUAUAUAUUGAAACAUCUAAUAAUGUGCUUAUAAUUUUCUACAAAUUUUUUGUGGUAUGCAUGUCUUAUUUAAGACUUUGAUUUAUAUCUUCCAGAAAUAUUAUCAGUCAGAAUGGUUUCUUUUUUCAGGAACAGUUUUCAGUUAAGAUCUACCAUUAUCAUGGUUAUGUGUAGCACAAAUAAGUUGAAUUUGGACAUUUUCCCUUUGUUCGUGCCUGACUAGUCCUUGUCAAUGUAGUAUUUAUGAGUUGUUUAAAUGGUCAACAUUCAAGAAAAUAUUUUUAGCUUCAGUAAUAUAACACCUUUUUUUUUUCGUUACCUCAUUACACUGACUAAUUAUGAAGUGUGUCCAUUAUUAUUUUGUUAACUGUAAAUUUCCUAUUCUUAAAUGUAAGCAUCUUGACUUUAUGUAUUUUUUAUUGCAAGAUUGAGAAUUCUUAUGAAAAACACCAACACCUUUUAUGUGGGUUGCUCUAUCUUUUUAUAUCAAUAAAAAGUGAAGCAAAGGAAUGCAUCUAAGCUUACUAGGGUGGAAUUACUUUCUGCUCUUGGUUACAAGGUAUUAAAAAACUUACCAUUAUUUUAAAACAUCACAAGAUCCAUUUCUUUGUUUGUUGUCAAGUUUUGGGUGUGUAUUCACUAGUUAUAAGGAAGGAAUACAAAUAUAAAAUUUUUAUGAAGAUAAAUUGUAAAAUCAAUUGUAAUUUAUGAACAACAUUGUCGACAUGAGACCUAAAAUUAUUAAAACAAUAAAUUUCUAAUACCCUUGCCAUUAUUAGUGAGAUCUUUUUUCUAUUUGUAGACUGAACAGUUAAUUGUGGUUAAAUUACUAAUAUUUUUGUGUACGGAUAUUUUAAUGUUGUAAAUGAGUGUGUGAUUUUAUGAAAUAAAGCUUCA